UAGUCUUAUGACUUCUCUUGAGGAUGACUCUCCCAAGUUUUCCCAUUAUGGCAUCACAGAUGGUACAGGGUGGCCACCAGCUACCUGUCCAGUUAGAGGGUGACAUCUAACUCUCCCUUCCAGAGAGGGACUCCAGUGAGAGACUGGAGCUUUGGAAGGUCAGGCCAGGACUGCCCUGGAUCACUAGCUAGGGCAUAGAGUCAGUAUGCCCAUAGUAUCAAAGAAUAAAACAGGACCAGUAACCGGCAACCCAAGAAGCUGCAUCAAAAAGACAAGCCAACUAUCCGAGCAGUGAUUUCAACCACAGCUAACAGUUCUGCAGAACCCGCGUCAUAUAGCCCCUGAGGUGGAAUGAUGAUGUCUCCAUGAGGGAACCUCCACUCAGUCAUCCUGUCCGGUACAUCAGCUGUUCUUGACUGGGCCAUUCAUCUAAGAUAGGAUUUACCCUGUGAAACAGGGAGAAGACUUAUGGACUCCAAGCAUCAUUUCGAGUUAUAGUUUUUUGUUGAAAGUACUGACAUACAUGCAGAGCUCUUGUGCUUUGGACCCUCUGCUUUAUUAAGGCUGCUGUGUUGCUAAUCCAGAACUGUUCCAGUCUAUUGGCCUGUCACCAUGGCUUCGGUUUGGAAGCGACUGCAGCGUGUGGGAAAACACGCAUCCAAGUUCCAGUUUGUGGCCUCCUACCAGGAGCUGAUGGUUGAAUGUACAAAGAAAUGGCAACCAGAUAAACUGGUGGUUGUUUGGACAAGAAGAAGCCGAAGGAAGUCUUCCAAGGCUCAUAGCUGGCAACCUGGAAUAAAAAAUCCGUAUCGUGGUGUUGUUGUUUGGCCUGUUCCUGAAAACAUUGAAAUCACUGUGACACUGUUUAAGGACCCGCAUGCAGAAGAAUUUGAAGACAAAGAGUGGACAUUUGUCAUUGAGAAUAUCCCACACUCCAGAAAUCCUGAUGUGGAAAGGAGGCUGAGCAUCAGAAGUAAAGAAUCCCCUUCUGGUCGGAGGAAAGCUCUCGCCACCAGCAACAUUAAUAUGAAACAGUACGCAAGUCCCAUGCCAACACAAACGGACGUCAAGUUAAAGUUCAAGCCACUGUCUAAGAAAGUUGUGUCUGCCACUCUCCAGUUCUCACUGUCGUGUAUCUUCCUUCGGGAAGGAAAAGCAACGGAUGAAGAUAUGCAGAGUUUGGCUAGUUUGAUGAGUAUGAAGCAGGCAGAUAUUGGCAAUUUAGAUGAUUUUGAAGAAGAUAAUGAAGAUGACGACGAGAACCGAGUGAACCAAGAGGAGAAGGCAGCAAAAAUUACAGAAAUUGUAAACCAGUUGAAUGCUCUGAGCAGCUUAGAUGAAGAUCAAGACGACAGCAUAAAGCAAGCAAAUAUGCCCUCAGCUAAAUCAGCCAGUUCCUCUGAAGAACUUAUAAACACACUUAACUUUUUGGAUGAAGCACAAAAGGACUUGGCCACUGUGAAUACAAACCCAUUUGAUGAACCUGAUGUAACAGAAUUAAAUCCAUUUGGAGAUCCUGACUCAGAAGAACCAAUCACUGAAACCACAUCACCUAAAAAAACAGAAGAAUCUUUUUAUAAUAACAGCUGUAAUCCCUUUAAAGGUGUACAGACUCCACAGUAUUUGAACCCAUUUGAUGAACCAGAAACUUUUGUAAUGAUAAAGGAUUCUCCACCCCAGUCUACACGAAGAAAAAACCUAAGACCCGUGGACAUGAGCAAGUACCUCUAUGCUGACAGUUCAAAGAGUGAAGAGGAGCUGGACGAAUCAAAUCCUUUUUAUGAGCCUAAGCCAACUUCUCCAAAUAAUUUGGUCAGUGCAGUUCAAGAAGGGGAAACUGAACGGAGAGUGAAAAGAAGGGCCCCGGCCCCACCAGCCCCUCCAGCCCCGCCAACUCUCGCACCCAAGACUGGAGUAAAUGAAAACACAGUUGUCUCUGCGGGGAAAGAUCUCUCUACUUCUCCAAAGCCAAGCCCGAUACCAAGUCCAGUUCUGGGGCAAAAGCCAAAUGCUAGUCAGUCGUUGCUUGCAUGGUGCAAAGAAGUUACGAAAAACUAUCGGGGCGUGAAAAUCACUAACUUUACCACAUCAUGGAGGAAUGGCUUAUCUUUUUGUGCAAUCUUACACCACUUUAGACCAGACUUAAUUGACUACAAGUCUCUGAAUCCUCAAGAUAUUAAAGAAAACAACAAAAAGGCUUACGAUGGAUUUGCCAGCAUUGGAAUUUCCCGUUUACUGGAACCUUCUGAUAUGGUUUUAUUAGCAAUCCCUGACAAACUGACUGUUAUGACUUAUCUCUAUCAAAUAAGGGCACAUUUUAGCGGUCAAGAACUAAAUGUGGUUCAGAUAGAAGAAAACAGCAGUAAGAGCACAUAUAAAGUUGGAAAUUAUGAGACAGACACAAACAGUUCUGUGGAUCAAGAAAAAUUCUAUGCCGAGCUCAGCGAUCUGAAGCGGGAGCCUGAACCACAGCAGCCUGCCAGUGGGGCCGUGGAUCUGCUGUCGCAGGAUGACUCUGUGUUUGUAACUGACAGUGGGGUGGGGGAGUCAGAAAGUGAACACCAGACUCCAGAUGACCACCUUAGUCCAAGCACAGCCUCCCCUUCCUACCGCAGGACUAAAAGUGACACAGAGCCCCAAAAGUCCCAGCAGAGCUCCACGAGGACUUCAGGGUCUGAUGACCCUGGGUUAAGUUCUAGUACAGACUCAGCUCAAGCACUGGUUUCAUUUGGCAAGAAGAGACUACUGAAAGCUGAGAACUUGGAAUUAAGUGACUUAUAUGUCAGUGGCAAAAAGAAGGAUGUGUCUCCACCCUCAACUUAUGAGCAAAAGCUUCAGACUGUAGAUACUAGUAGUGAUGUGGAACAAGAGAAAAUGGAGAAUUCCAGAUCUUUAGAAUGCAGAUUGGAUGGUGAAUUGGCUAUCAAAAAGCCAAGUUUAUCCCCUCCUUCUAAACUUGGAUAUCCAUAUAACAGAGACACAGAUUUCACAAAAAAACCAUGUGCUUCUCUGAGGCAGAUAGAGUCUGAUCCAGAUGCCGACAAGAGCACUUUAAAUCAUGCAGACCACUCCAGCAAAACAGUUCAGCACCGAAUGUUGUCCAGACAAGAAGAGCUGAAAGAAAGAGCGAGAGUUCUGCUUGAACAAGCAAGAAGAGAUGCUGCUUUCAAGGCCGGGAGCAAACACAGUGGCAGCGCAGCCCCUGCGCUCUGCAGCAGGCAGCUAAGUGAUCAGCAAGAUGAAGAGAGACGUCGGCAGCUGAGAGAGAGGGCUCGUCAGCUAAUAGCAGAAGCUCGAUGCGGAGUGAAGAUGUCAGAACUUCCCAGCUAUGGUGAAAUGGCUGCAGAAAAGUUGAAAGAAAGGUCAAAGGCAUCUGGAGAUGAAAAUGAUAAUAUUGAGAUAGAUACUAACGAGGAGAUUCCUGAAGGCUUUGUUGUAGGAGGUGGAGAUGAACUUACUAAUGUAGAAAGUGACCUUGAUACUCCCGAGCAGAAUAGUAAGUUGGUGGACUUGAGGCUGAAGAAGCUCUUAGAAACCCAGCCACAGGUGGCAAACUCCCUCUCCAGUGCUGCACAGAAAGCUGUGACUGAUACCUCAGAGCAAGGAGAAAAGAAUGUCGUGGAAGAUCUCCGGACUGAACGAUUACAAAAAGCAACAGAACGUUUCAGAAACCCUGUUGUGUUCAACAAGGAUUCUACAGUCAGAAAGACUCAGCUCCAGUCUUUCAGUCAGUAUGUUGAGAACAGACCAGAGAUGAAAAGACAGAGAUCAAUACAGGAAGAUACAAAGAGAGGAAAUGAGGAGAAGGCAGCGAUAACUGAAACUCAGAGGAAGCCAUCAGAGGAUGAAGUACUUAAUAAAGGGUUCAAAGACACCAGUCAGUAUGUUGUAGGGGAAUUGGCAGCACUGGAGAAUGAGCAGAAGCAAAUUGACACCCGUGCCGCGCUGGUGGAGAAGCGCCUCCGCUAUCUCAUGGACACAGGAAGGAACACGGAAGAAGAGGAGGCUAUGAUGCAGGAAUGGUUCAUGCUAGUUAAUAAGAAAAAUGCCUUAAUAAGGCGGAUGAACCAGCUCUCCCUCCUGGAAAAAGAACAUGACUUAGAACGAAGGUAUGAGCUGCUGAACCGGGAGCUGAGGGCCAUGCUAGCCAUUGAAGACUGGCAGAAGACCGAGGCCCAGAAGCGACGGGAACAGCUCCUGCUGGAUGAACUAGUGGCCCUGGUGGACAAGCGAGACGCCCUUGUCAGGGACCUGGACGCCCAGGAGAAGCAGGCCGAAGAAGAAGAUGAACAUUUGGAGCGAACUCUGGAGCAAAACAAAGGCAAGAUGGCCAAGAAAGAGGAGAAGUGCGCUCUGCAGUAGCCUUGGACCAGACAGACCUCUCCCAGCACUUCAGUCUUAGGUCCCCAGGCCAGAAACAGACUGGAUGAUUUAAAACUUUUUAACAUUUUGUUUGACUAGAUGGUACUUCUGGAACCACCCCCACCUCCACCCCAUUUCCUCUUCUCCAGAUAAUACACAGAGCUCCAGAUAGCUUUAAAGACUCUGUGUGAGUUAAUCAUGAAAUCAUUCUUGAAAUCCUGUGAAGGAGAUUUGCACAGACACCUUGUGAAUGAUUGGUAAUGAAGAUGCUCAAGAAACUGUCCAAAAAAAGGGGGGGAGGCUCCCUGGUUAUCUUCCCUUCUGUUUUGGGUGGGAUGAGAAUUUGAAACAUGUUUGUUGUAGUAUUGUUGGUAAUAGCGCAAUGACAGUGGGUGGGGCGGGCAAAGGGGAGUAAGAAAAUGUCAUGAAUGUUUUUUUCCAAUCCUGCCGUAUGUAUGUAACACUGUUACUUAAAUCUCAUAGUUAGAUCAUAUUCUGUGUAUUGACGAAGCUGUGUUCCAUUUGCCAGUGGGAUUUUCUGCAGUUGUUUGCAUUUCACAUAAAAUAAUAAAGUUCCUCUCAGAGGAUGGCCUGAGACAAACCUCCGGGUCUGAUAGGUGAACUGGGAGAACGGCUAUGAUUGAAGUGCAGCAGUUUACAAAAACAGUUCAUCAGCUGAUGAUGCGCCAUCUUUUACUCUGAAUGAAUAAUUAUUUAUUACAUCUUGCUUGGUUCCUACUUUUUGUUGGGGCUCAACAUUGGCUCAAGAAUGCUGUUAAUAUUUAUUCUGUAUUGAUAAAAGUCUGUCUUGAUACUACAAGUAAAUAUCCCAUUACAUCUUCUCUAGCAUAGCACUGUGUGUUUUGUGGAAAUGGUUAUGUUUAUUUAUUACAAUACUGAGUCAUAUAUAAAUUUUCAAUAAAAGCAGAGACUUUCUUACCUUCAA